UAGUACAACUACAAACAAGGAAGAUGCAUGAGUGAGCUGAAUUCAAUCUUCAUAAUCGGGUUCAGAAUGAUAUUGUCUAAAAGACAUGUGUUAAUUCUGUUGCAUCAAAUGCGCAUCCUCGUACUUUUAGGAACAUCCACGUGUAGGGUCACAGGAACACGUGUUCUCCAAUCCACCACCCUCUUCAAAUUUUGUUGUCUGUUUCUUUGAGCUCUUUUGUCACCACACUAAGUAGCUUCCUUCUUUUUCUUCUUUCUAUUCUUCCCCUCUCACUGUUUUGCUUGUUUUUCUUCAAACACACUCACACGGCAAAUUGUUUAGUUAAGAUGAACAGCGGUAGCAGCAACUUGGAGACUCGGUCUCUGCUUGAUGAGCUAAGUCACUUUAACAAAGGGGGUCUCUUUGAUUUUGGACACCCUCUUCUUAACCGCAUAGCUGAGAGCUUUGUUAAAGCUGCUGGGAUAGGAGCAGUUCAAGCUGUGUCCCGUGAGGCCUACUUCACAGCUGUUGAAGGUGCUGGGAUUGAUAAUGCAGGGGGUAUGCCUCCAGAAGUUUCUGCCACCAGGAAAAAUCGUUUGCCUGGCCUUAGAGGAGAGACCAGCAACAAAUCCCUUGAGGCCAUGGUGAAGAAUACAGGGAAAGAAUCCUUCCAGUGGGGAUUGGCUGCAGGAUUAUAUUCAGGACUCACAUAUGGGCUGAAAGAAGCACGUGGAGCUCAUGACUGGAAAAAUAGCGCGGUUGCAGGAGCAAUUACUGGUGCAACACUUGCACUCACCUCAGAUGACUCAUCUCAUGAACAGAUUGUGCAAUGUGCUAUAACUGGAGCAGCUAUCUCCACUGCUGCAAAUCUUCUAACUGGGAUAUUUUAAAUGGGUGACAUGCUAUCUGUUGAGACUGGUUUUUUAGAUUGAUAUAAAACCUUUUCUGUCUUAUAAUUUGUGGCACUUGCUGGUAUAAGCAUGUUUAUGAUGAACUUGCAAGGAUUUCCUUUUUGAAUUUGUAGUUCACAUUAAUAGCUUCCUUGUGUCUUACUAAUUACUCCUGAUUUUCAAAAAAAUGAGAGAAGCAAAGGUGCAAUUUGAGUUAAGUAAUCAAUGGAUGAUGUAGGUCAUUCAUUCAAUUACAAUUUACAGGAU